CAAGCUGGUGCAGCAGAAGAAGGAUAGAAGUGGAGUGGAGAGGAGUCGAGUGGGUGUGUGGGUCCAGCCCGCCUGUGACGGUUCACGCAGUCAUUUAGUCGAGGCUCACUCCUGCAGACAGGCAAAGCUGCACUGCAUCACUCCUUUGCUGUCUUCUUCAGAGCCAGUCAGUCUUUAUUUUUUGUUAUUAUUAUUAGUUUUGUAAAGGACCACCCGCAUUUAUUUUUUCUUUUUUUUCCAAAGUUAAACUUCACAUUUUGAACCAAUUGAAUAGCACGUGUGCGGAUCUUUGCUUCUCACCUCAUGGGGCUGUGGAUUGUUGUGCUCACUUCAGUGCUGGGAGUCCUGCUUGUUCAAGGAGUGCCGCAGAUCUCGAUAGAGGACUGCUGCAAAGACGGCCAAAACCGCGGCAACGAUAACCAAGCCUGUUCCACCCUGCCGCUCAUCUCCGAGUCUCCGACGUGCAGGACGGUGCAAGAGCAAUGCUGCGUUGCAGUGCUCGAAGACAACAUGUGCACCACCGGCAUUACUGUGGCCAAAGAGCAAGGAGCAUGUGAUUCCUUGUUCUCCAACACCUGCGAGACCAAGACCACCAAGAUGUGCUGCGACUGCUGCCUCCUGGGGAAGACGGGCCAGGAGCAGGGUCUUCCUUGCGACCACAGCCUGUCUUUAGGCUACCAGUGCGGCCUGGUGUAUCGUGCCUGCUGUGUGGACGGAGUGCCAGACAAUCAGACGGCGCCCGCGGGGCAGACCGAACUGCCGAACAAAGACGGAACACCGGACACCGGAGACAACUCAGUAUUAAGUGAUGAGUGUAAUGGUAAAUGCGCUCAUAAUUGUGUGAGUAAUGAUACCUGCGGUUGCUUCAAAGGCUACAAACUGAAGCCGGAUGGAAUGAACUGUGAGGACAUCAACGAGUGUUUGCUGGGCGCCAGCAACUGCCGAUUGGGCGAGCGCUGCAUCAACACCGAGGGUUCGUUCCGCUGCCAGCGAGAGGUCAGCUGCGGAACCGGCUACGAACUGACGGACGCCAACAACUGCAAAGACAUUGACGAGUGCGAGACCAACAUCCAUAACUGCGGCCGAGAGCUUGAAUGCCAAAACACCCAGGGGUCAUUCCGUUGUCUCCCCAAGGUCAAAUGCGGUGCCGGUUUUAUUCAGGAUGCACUGGGAAACUGCAUUGAUAUCAAUGAAUGUGUGAGCCAGACGGGCCCGUGCCAAAGGGGGCAGCUGUGCAUCAACACAGUGGGCUCGUAUACGUGCCAGAGGAACUCCGUCAACUGCGGAAGGGGCUACCACCUCAAUGACGACGGCACACGCUGCGUUGACAUUGAUGAGUGCAAAGGUCCCGAACCGGUGUGCGCGGGUCACGGCUGCAUCAACACAAUGGGUUCCUACCACUGCCAGUGCGACAACGGCUACAACUUCAACAGCAUCAGUCGCCUGUGUGAAGAUCUGAACGAAUGCAGGCACUUUCCCGGACGCCUCUGUGCACACAAGUGUGACAACACGCCAGGGUCCUACAAGUGCAGCUGCACCACUGGCUUCAAGCUGUCCAGGGAUAACAGGAACUGUGAUGAUUUAAACGAGUGCGAGAGUAACCCGUGCAGCCAAGAAUGCGCCAACGUGUACGGCUCGUACCAGUGCUACUGUCGCCGCGGUUACCAGCUCAGCGACACGGACGGCGUGACGUGCGAAGACAUAGACGAAUGUGCCCUGCCUACUGGGGGGCACAUCUGCUCCUACCGUUGCCACAACACACCCGGAAGCUUCCAUUGUUCCUGCCCCGUUAGCGGCUACACCUUAGCACCCAACGGACGCAGCUGCCAAGACAUUGAUGAAUGUGUGGCAGGGACGCACACGUGCGCAGAGAACCAGAGUUGCUUCAAUGUGCAGGGUGGAUUCCGUUGCCUGUCCUUUGAUUGUCCGAACAACUACCGCAAGGUCGGGGAAACUCGAUGUGAACGCUUGCUUUGCAAUGAGUCUGUCGAGUGCCUGGCCAUGCCGCUGAGAAUAACCUACUACCACCUCACCUUCCCCACCAACAUCCCUGUCUUCACCAACAUCUUCCGCAUGGGCCCCUCCCACAUGGUGCCGGGCGACGACAUCGGCAUCGCCAUCACCUCGGGUAACGAGGGCGGCUUCUUCAAGGCGGAGCAAGUCGCCGGCGGCGGCGUCAUGUCCGUGGCGCGGCUCUUCGACAGCCCGCGGGACUUUGAGCUGUCCGUGGAGCUGGGACUGCGUCGCUACGGCACGCUCAGCACGUACCUGGCCAAAGUGCUGGUGUUCGUCACCGAGGACGAGCCCCGCGUCGUUUACGACCCGCAGCUCGAAUGAGAACCGCGGCUCGCUUGUGACGUCUCAUCGUUAAUGCCCAGUAGUCGGAGAAUUAAGUCAUGUUCCUAGAAUAUGAAUACGAUAUCACUUGGACGAGAACUAGUAUAAAGCCGGAAUAUGACAGACAGAAUGGGGUUAUGAUAUUUAAAAACAAAACCAAAAAAAAAAAAAAAAAAAAAGUCUCAAUUUUAAGAAAUGGUUGUAGUUUGCCAGAAAAAAAGUUUUUAAUCUUACAAGAAUAAAGCCAGUUUUCUGAGAAAAAAAAAAAAAAACGUUGAAAGAAUAAAGCUGAAAUGUUAUGAGAAUAAAUUAAUGAUAUUUUGCGGGAAGUUGGCACACUUACCAGAAUGAAGUUGUCAUUUUACGAGGAUGAAGUCUUCAUUUUAAGGGCAGAGUUGUAAAAAGACAAUCAAAAGUUUACAUUUUCUAAGUCAGAAGUUUUGGGGAACAACGUCUUUCGAUAAAGAGAAAAAAUUUACAAUUUUCCAAGAAUGAACUGCUUGCUUUUAACAAAAUAAAGCAUUGUAUGAAAAUCGAGUUGUAAUUUUACGAGAACAAAGUCAAAACAUGAUGAGAGAAAAUUGCAGUUUUGAGGAUUUUUUUAAACUUAUUUUUAGGGAGUGGGUAAAUUCCUAAUAAAAGCAGAAAAAAACCUACUGAUACUCCCAUUAUCGAACAACUAUUCCCCCAUUAUCGAACAACUGUUCCCUUAGGGUAUGACUUUUUCUCCCCUUUAAUUUUUUAUUUGAAAUUGUUCAGUUUCAUCACCAAAGUAUCAAUGAAAACUGAGCAUUAUUUUCUUUGUAAAGGCAAAUUUAGAUACAAAACAGCUCUUGCAGUGCACCUCAUUGGAUCGUUUACUUAACAGAGUGUCCAAGUGUUUUGAGGGCAUACAGUACUUUGGUUUUUAAUCGAGUGACGAUAACUCACCACUUGCCGCAAGAUGUCGUCGAUCCACAUGGUGGCGUCCUUUUAAAAUCAACCACUUGAAUGCAUCAUGUCGCUGGAAGCAGGGCACCAAAGUAGCAGCUAGGUGGCGCACUAGGUCAGGGUAAAAUCCUAAAAGCGGUUGGCCCUGUUGAGUGAAAGUGCACAAGUGCUUUGUGGUGACAUCGGAUUAAAUUCAACACAGCUAAGUGUACCGACGAGGUAAAAUGACAAGACAUCAUCGCUCAUCAUGU